UUCAGCAACAUUUCUUGUAGCGAAGACUCAAACCUGAUUUGUCUCCGUGAUUGCUGAAUUUCCCCUUCCUCAGUUGCAUAACCUCAUUUCCAUGCAGGAGAAUUUUUCUUUGCAUUUUCUGCCUCCAUUCCCUGGAAUAAAACGUGAAAGAUGCUGAGAUCUAGAGUGAAAUACAUCUCAAUAAUGGGUUUCCUGCCGGUGGCGUUUGAAAAGCAGGAUGAAGUGAAAGAAUCUAAAACCGCUAAGGAUUUUCUCACCAGAACUGUGGAAGAUGAUACCGGGAUGGAUCGUCUCCGUACGAUGUUUUCACUAGACGCUGACGAAUAUAUAUCACCGGAACUACAGUCUAUCAAGCAAGCCGGCCUCACAGGAUUGUUCAUUGGGGUUCUCUAUGGGGGCUUCAUUCGCUCCCGGAAGGCAUAUUUGGACUUCAUGGAGAGGAAUGAUGCCACAAGUUUCACCUCACACUGGGACGCGAAGAAGCAGCUCCAGAACGAAGUGACCACAAAUUUCGCCAAGGGCGCGUGGCGAUGGGGUUGGCGACUGGGACUGUUCUCAACCACAUACGUAGGCUUCAUCACCAUGUUUUCGGUCUACCGUGGGAAAUCCACCAUUUUUGAGUACUCACUGGCUGGACUCACCGCUGGCGCCCUUUACAAGAUGAAUCUCGGUCUUCGAGGGAUGAUGGCGGGAGGAUUUGCGGGCUGUCUUCUUGGAACUGUGGGUGGCGUUGUGUCGCUGUCCAUCCUGAAAGUCUCGGGCAUGUCGAUGGAGGAAGUCCGCUAUUGGCAGCACAAAUGGAAGGUGGACAGAGACACGAAGAUCUCAAAAAACAUCCCUGGACAUAUGAGUUCCGACAAAGAUCUCUACAUGGAAGCCCACAUUGAACGCGUCGGCGGGGAUGCUUCGAACCUGGAUCAUGUGGAUGAGAAGCCCAAAGAAGCGAAGUGAAGCAGAAGGAAGGAUGGAGAGAUUAGCUAAUAAACCAGAAACUCUUGGAAAUUAGAUAUUUUCAAGUCAUUUGUGUAUUUGAAAAUC